AUUGAUAUAUCCUUCAGCUGGUGGCUACAGUUUCACCACUGGGAGUGAAAGGACUACGAAAGUAAUGAGGGCUUAAUGUAGGGAGCUUUUCAAGAAGGUUUGACGAUUGGUUUGAUUAUUGUCAGAGAGUGGCACACCAAAGAUUUAGAGAAUAAACAGCCAAAAUGCUCUGCCACGUUACUCGUCCGGAUUCGGUAGUGAUGGAAGUGCAAGUUGAUGCGAAGGCGAACGGCGAAGACUGUCUCAAUAAGGUUUGCGGAAAGUUAGGCAUAAUUGAAGUGGACUACUUUGGGCUGCAGUUCACAGGCAGCAAAGGAGAGAACCUGUGGCUCAAUCUGAGGAACCGGAUCUGCCAGCAGAUGGAUAAUGUGACGCCCUGUCGACUGAGGCUACGGGUCAAGUUCUUUGUGGAGCCCCAUCUCAUUCUGCAAGAACAAACUAGACAUAUUUUCUUCAUGCAUGUGAAGGAGGACCUUCAUAAUGGUCACCUGCGUAUGUGCUCAGAACAAGCAGAGGAGCUGAGUGCGCUGCUGGCACAGGCUGAGUUUGGCGACUACAACCAGAAUACAGCCCAGUACUGGUACUCCGAGCUGUGCGGAGAGGAGCCCGGCACUGCCACUACCAACAGUAUCAUAUCCAGACAUAAAGCUCUGGAAGGUUUGAGCCAGGGCUCCGUGGAAUAUCAGGCCCUGCAGCUGGUCUCCUCUCUCGAACACUAUGGCGUGGAGUGGCACUGGGCUCGUGAUGCAACUGGUCAACGGUUGGCCAUAGGAGUCGGCCCUGAGGGCGUAGCCAUUUGCAAGGAAGACUUCAGCUUAGUCAACAGUAUAAGCUAUCCCAUCAUCCAGAUUGCCACCCAGUCAGGGAAGAAUGUGCACCUGACGGUUACCAAGGACACACAUGACAGUGUGGUGCUCUUGUUCAAGCUAAUCAGUAACCGGGCAGCCAGCGGUCUGUACCGGGCCAUCACAGAGACCCAUGCCUUCUACAGAUGUGACACAGUUACAAAUGCAGUGAUGAUGCAGUACAGUAGGGACUUUAAGGGCCACCUGGCUUCACUCUUCCUCAACGAAAACAUCAACCUUGGCAAGAAAUACAUUUUUGACAUCCGACGUACAGCUAAGGAAGUGUAUGACCAUGCCCGCCGUGCGCUCUACAACUCUGGCGUCGUGGACAUGGUGUCUCACUCUGGCAGCGGGCAGCGCUCCUCUCCUACCCGGUCCCCAAGCACAGAUGACCAGCAGGAUGAGGGACUGGACUGCAGCAGCUGCCAGCAGAGCCGGGCCCUGCACGAGCGGCUGCAGAAGCUCAGGGAGGCUCUGUUGUGCAUGCUGUGCUGCGAGGAGGAGAUAGAUGCCGCAUUCUGCCCCUGCGGUCACAUGGUGUGCUGCCAGUCCUGUGGAAAUCAGCUUCAGUUGUGUCCUGUGUGUCGGUCGGAGGUAGACAGCAGCAUCCCUGCACCCAUCCACAGAGACAUGGCCUCUCCUGACAGCUGCUCCACAGAGUAUGAACACAAAGUCUGCCACACACAGAGAUGA